AUGGCUGACGAUUUCAAAGGUGUCGUUCGGAUAGAAGAACGCCUCAAAAUCAAAAUAGGCGAGGUGAAGAAUUUACCGGAAAGGCACGGCUCGGCUACUCAAAGGGAUGUUUAUUGCACGUUGACUUUGGACCAGGAGGAGAUCUUCAGGACGUGUACUGUUUACCAAACGCUAAGUCCGUUCUUCGGCGAGGAGUUCCAGUUCGAAGUGCCGCGAAACUUCCGCUUCGUAUCGGUGUACGUGAUGGACAAGGACAGGCACACCAAGCAGGACAAGGUGCUGGGCAAGGUGGCCAUCAAACGGGAGGAAUUGUCCUCCUACAACAACAAGGAGCAUUGGUUCGCCAUUAGGGCCGUCGACGCCGAUUCCGAGGUCCAAGGCAAGGCGAACAUCGACAUCAAAUUCGACGAGGGCGAUGGACACAAACGAAGGCUGCUAGUACAAGUGGUGGAAUGCCUGGACCUGACGCAGAAGAACGGCUCCUGCGAUCCGUACGCCUCGGUGUGCGUGCGCUACGCCAACGGCAAAACGGUGACGAAGCGCACGAGGGUGCGCAAAAAAACGACGAGUCCUCGAUUCGACGACGUGUUCGCGUUCGCGAGCGCCGUCGACGGUUCGAAAGAGACGACGGGCGUCGGUUUGGAAGGCGGCGCCUGCGACGCCGACAUCUGCGAAUUGACGGUGUCGAUGUGGCACGACGCGCCCGCCCUCAGCGAGGACGUCUUCCUCGGCGAGGUGCGCGUCGCCCUGCGUGGGGCCCAACAGCAGAACUUCGCGCAGGCCAACGCUUGGUAUUAUCUUCAACCGAGACCGGCGAAGAACCAACCGAUACAUUCGAGGCCGCCCGGCACGCGAUUGUCCAAAGACAGCCCGUUGGGCUCCUCGUUGGGGUCUCUGAGGCUCCACGUUCAAUACGCCGAAGACCGGGUGUUCCCCGCCAAGGUGUACGAAGACUUAAAAAACCUGUUGUUAGAAAGUACAAACAUACAGCCUGUUACCUUCACGUCCGUGUACGUUCUGGGCGAGAUCGUCAACAAAAUGGACAUCGCCCAACCUUUAGUUAGGAUAUAUUUGCAUUACGAAAAAAUCGUGCCGGUUAUUAAGGCCUUGGCUAACGUAGAAAUAUCGAAAGUAACGGAUCCGACGACGAUAUUUAGAGGGAACACGCUCGUUUCGAAGAUGAUGGACGAGACGAUGAAACUGGUCGGGCUCCAGUAUUUGCACAAAACCCUCAGGCCCACUUUAGAGCUGAUCCUGAACGAGAAGAAACCCUGCGAGAUCGACCAAACUCGCGUCAAGGACGCCAACACGGUGGCCAACAAUUUGACCAAUUUAAAGCAUUACAUACAAAAAAUCUUCGAGGCCAUAACGCAGAGCGCCGUCCAUUGUCCGGCGUUGAUGUGCCAGAUAUUCUACAAUUUAAAGGAGUGCGCCAUGAAGCAUUUCCCCGACGACAAGGGCGUCCGGUAUUCGGUGAUAUCGGGCUUCAUUUUCUUGAGGUUUUUCGCGCCCGCCAUCUUGGGACCCAAACUCUUCGAUCUCACAUCGCAACCUUUAGAUAACCAAACCGGUAGAACGUUAACGUUAAUAUCGAAAACCAUCCAGUCGCUGGGUAACGUAGUUAGUUGUAGAUCGACGCAGCAAAUGUGCAAAGAGGAAUACAUGGAGGGACUGUACAAGGAAUUCUACACGGAGAAACACAAGACGGCCGUCAGGCAGUUUUUGGAAAUUAUUUCGGCCAGUUCUUCCGGCCAACAGGUCAUUGAAAACGAUACGCCCGUUACGCUGAAAGAAGGGGUUAUAGCCAGGGAUAUCAAAAAAAUCACGACCACUACGUUUUUGAAGAAAGAGCUCAAAUUCAGGUAUUUCAAACUCACCACGCACGAUCUCAGCUAUUCGAAGAAACGAGGCAAAGUGUCCCGUAUACCGUUACACAACAUUUUGGCGGUGGAAAAACUGGCCGAGUCGUCGUUCAACCAGAAAUACAUGUUCCAAAUCGUCCAACCGAACAAGAAAUUGUACUUCCAAGCGGCGAAUUGCGUCGAAGAGAAAGAAUGGGUGGAUUUGCUGACGAAAAUCUGCCAAACCAACGCCAAUCGAUUGCAGAAAUACCACCCGUGCGCCUUCAUCAACAACCAAUGGCGCUGCUGUAAAUCCCCGAACGAAUUGGCGCCCGGUUGCAGCGAAGUGUCGCAAAUCGACAACAACUACCGGUUGAACUUGGACCCGGAACGCGAUCUGCAGCGCGUCCAAUCGCUGAUCGUCGCCCACAGCGAGCAAUUCCAGUACCACAUCGCCUACUACAAGUCGAAAUCGGCCGAGCUGCGCGACGUGCUCGAGCGACUGUGGGACGCCGCCGUCGAAAUCGAUCGGAAGCACAGCGUGUACAAACGGACGGCGGCGCGCGCCACCAAAGUGGGAAGCUUGGCAGCGCCGAUCGGGGACGACAAUUACCUGUUGGCGUCCCGUUUGAACGUGAGAAGGUGCGUCUCGAGCGAACCGACGUCGUGUCCUUGA